AUGUCGAGUUCAACCGGUGGAGGUGACUCCAAACUCUUCGCGAGAGGCAAAGUCGCCGAGCUGCGCCUCGAGCUCAACAGUGGAGGGAAAAAGGACAAGAAUUUUGCUGUCAAGAAGACAGCCCUCAAGAAGAUUGUUGCUAACAUGACCAUGAGCAACAAUGACAUGGUCGCCCUGUUCCCCGAUGUUAUUGGCUGCAUGCACAUCCAGAGCCUGGAGAUCAAGAAGAUGUGCUUUUUGUAUCUGGUCAACUAUGCUAGGUCGCGACCAGAUAUCGCAGUCAAGGCGAUUCCGUUGCUUCAGCAUGACCUCGAGGAUCCAAAUCCACUCGUGCGGGCCCUGACCCUGCGGACGAUGUCAUAUGUCUACGUGCGAGAGUACGUCGAGGCAACCAUGUCCAUCGUCAAGCACACCCUCAGGGACCCGGACCCGUACGUGCGCAAGACGGCGGCCUACUGCGUUGCUAAGCUGUACGACCACGAUAAGCAAGUGGUGGAACAGUCGGACCUGAUUGACCGUCUCAACUCGCUCCUGAGGGAUGACAACCCCACGGUGGUGGCUAGUGCGCUGGCUGCCCUGAUGGAUAUUUGGGAGAGGAGCGAUGCCAUCAAGUUGACAAUCGACUACAAGAAUGCGUCCAAGAUGGUGGCCAUCCUGGCCGAUUGCUCCGAAUGGGGCCAGACAUAUAUCCUGGAGGCGCUCAUGUCGUACGUGCCUCAGGACUCGGGCGAGGCUCUACUCCUGGCGGAACGUAUAGCGCCGCGGCUGUCGCACUCCAACUCUUCGGUGGUGCUGACGUGCAUCCGGGUGAUGCUGUACCUGGUGAACUACAUUGCGGAUGAGAAGCAGAUAUCGGCUCUGUGCCGGAAGCUGUCGCCACCGCUGGUGACGCUGCUGGCCAAGGGACCCGAGGUGCAGUACCUGGCGCUUCGCAACGCGUUAUUGAUACUGCAGCGACGGCCGGAGGUGCUUAGGAACGACAUCCGGGUCUUCUUCUGCAAGUAUAACGACCCGAUCUACGUCAAGGUGACGAAGCUGGAGCUCAUCUUCAUGCUGGCCAACGAGAAGAACAUUGACGAGGUGCUCACGGAGCUGCGGGAGUACGCGACGGAGAUUGACGUGCACUUUGUGCGCAAGGCGGUGCGGGCCAUUGGCAAGCUGGCCAUCAAGAUCGAGCCGGCGGCGCGGCGGUGCAUCAACCUGCUGCUGGAGCUGGUGGCGACCAAGGUGGCGUACAUCGUGCAGGAGGCGACAGUAGUGAUCCGCAACAUCUUCCGCAAGUACCCGGACCAGUACGAGUCCAUCAUCGGCAUCCUGUGCGAGCACCUGGACUCGCUCGACGAGCCCGAGGCCAAGGCGGCCAUGGUGUGGGUGAUUGGGCAGUACGCGGACCGCAUCGAGAACAGCGACGCGCUGCUCGAGGACUUCCUGUACACCUUCCUGGAGGAGCCGGUCGAGGUGCAGCUGGCGCUGCUGACGGCGACGGUCAAGCUCUUCAUCCAGCGGCCGACAAAGGGCCAGGAGCUCGUGCCCAAGGUGCUCAAGUGGGCGACGGAGGAGACGGACAACCCGGACCUCCGCGACCGCGCCUACAUGUACUGGCGGCUGCUGUCGACGGACAUGAACGCGGCCAAGGCUGUCGUCAUGGGCGAGAAGCCGGCCAUCACGGCCGAGUCGGAGAGGCUGGAUCCGGCGACGCUCGAGGAGAUGUGCCUCAACGUCGGCACCCUGGCCACGAUCUACCUCAAGCCCGUACACACCGUGUUCCGCUCGGCCCGGCCCCGCAAGCUCCAGGACUCCCCGGCCCUGCAGAAGCACAACACGGCCGCCUACAGCGAGACGCAGAAGAGCAUGAGCAUGUUUGGCCGCGGAGGGCAGCCCAACGACAUCGACCCCCGCACCAGGAUGCCCGUCGCCGCCGCGGGUCCGGACGCCGCCACACCUACGGGGAACAAGGCAGAGCAGGACGCAGACGCCUACUUCUCCUCGGUGAGCUCGACGCAGCAGCAGAUGGCCGCCAUGACGGUCAACCAGGGUGCCGACGACCUGUUUGGCCCUGCCGACGGGGGUAACUCGACGGGUUACGUAGUCAACGCGCACGCUCCGCAGGCUGUGCUCCAACCGGCGCAGGGGGCCAAGGCGGGCAGUGCUAAGGCUUGA